GCAUUCAGAAGAGAAUGGGGUGACAGGGAAAGGAUUGCGAAUACGAGAGGAGCAGGAAAUUACAAGAGGAGGAUCGAAGGAGUGGUGACAGGUUGCAUAAGGUGAAGGGUAUGCAAGGUGAGAAUAUGGAGAGACAUGGGGGAAUUCCCAAGGGAUGAUGUGGAGGAUGAUUUAAGGUUUGAUGGGACCAAUCUGGAAGACUUUAUUGAGAUUGUGCAGCUGGCCGCUGAGAGGGGCGAAUGGAGCGAGGAGGAAAAGAGGAAGCAGUUGAUCGCGAGAUCAAACAAAGGCGAAAAGGAGGAAGUUUCGAUACUUUGGAGAACUUACGGGGAAUCCGUAAGGGCAGCAAUUCUGUUAUCUCUGGAUAACAGAAAACUCCUGCGUGACACGACCGUGAGGUCCAACACCAAAAACUACUUUACGUCUGGGUGUGGGACCGCCACGUGCGACACCGCGCAAAAGGGCGAUGCAACGACGAUCGACACUCGGACGGCGGCGGAGGAUCGCAGUGGUAGAACUGGAGUCGCCGAAGGUGCGGGCGAGGAGAGGGUAGAUGACGUCCGCCACGACGAGGGAAGAAGAGACGGAAAGCGGGAGGGCGACGACGACGACGACCGUCCAUUUGUGACGAGGUUGAAGGGAGCCGCAAAGGAGGAUGGUCUGGAGGAAAGAUCGAAGUUGUGGGUUGAUUGCGACUCUUUCUGGGGUCUGGGACCGGGGAAACCCUUGAGGGAGGCGGUUGGCGAGUGCGCUGACUACUUCAUCGCAAUCGACAACGGAGACGCGGGAGCUGAACCGCCUGCGAUGCUCAUACUACUGCCGAAUGACUUGCCGCGCUUCAAGAUCGACGACCCUGCGCAGCGUGAAACGGCUCUGCGCAGAGCGCGCAACGUCGAGAAACUGGUGCUGCGCGCCAUCCACGACUGGAUCUUCAAAUCGUCGUCACGGUCGGCUGGAUUCGCUCUUUGGCAGGGGCAGGAAUGGUCGAACGUGGUGUCUCCUGCACUUGUGUACCACACUCUGGCGCUGAAGAUGGACGUGCCUCUGUGGUUCGCGGGGGUGAAGAUUGUGGAUCGGCCCGAGGAUGACGACAUGGCGGCGCGGCAGAAGGCGACAGUUCUUCGCAUUGCGGAGUGCUGGACAGACGCACUGUGGUGUGGACAAUGGGCGGAUGGCGGGCGCGUGAAACAGGAGAGGUUGUCUAGGCUUGCGGACUGUCUUCGAGCGUUGCUGAGCGCGUGCAUGUGGAUCAUACGCAUGGGUGGUGACGACGACCGUUUGCAUUACGAGGCGUGCCUUUACUCAUCCAUGGUCGCCAAACGGACAAUGAUAGCGGCGGGGUCAUACAUCUUCAACUGGCGGCGACACAUCGUCGACAGCGCGAACCUUGUCUUGGAUCGUAUAGGGAAGGCUCACCUCACGCUGGGAGAAUACCCGCACUGCAUUUCGGAAUGGUGUGACUGCGGGUUGGUGUUCGGCCACAACGCGGCCCUGAAGAACGUGGCAGAAGCCGCGAAACACGGAUGGAUUGGCAGCGGGCCUGCGGCGGAGGAAGUGGGAGACGAGGACGGUUGACACGUGGGUGCGUCCGUGGCGCAACGUUAGGGUGCGGAUCGUCGACUGAUUGUAGUAUUGGAAGACGCAACGACGAACGCAGCGCCUGCGACCGCAG